CAGGAAGGAGAAAAAGUGGCCGACCCAUUGUGGAAAACUUUCCCCUGCGGAGGAUCGAAGCGGCGACUGAGCUGGAUCUUUACUCACCGCGCUGCGCACACAGAUUUGUAAGAUUCCAAAGAUGCGCCCGUUGAGCACGUCGCGGGGAUGUACCCGAGGAGGAGCGUCCAAGUCCGGGAUGAUGCAUCUGCUCGUCCUCCUCCUCGCACUGUCCUGUCACUGCUGUCCGGACAGAUGCCUGUGCUCCUCACAAACUGUGAAAUGCCAAAACCAGGACUUGGACGCGAUUCCGAGUUCUUUUCCCACUAAUACCAAAAUUAUUUUUGUGACGGGAAACAACAUCUACAACAUCAGCAUGGACUCUUUCCCCAGCCGUCUGGACAUGGUAACAGAACUCUAUCUCAGUGGGAAUGAGAUGGAGUCAGUGGGUGCUAUGGUGUUUGACAACUUGCCAAACCUUGUACAACUGGACCUGAGCAACAACAACAUCCAGACUUUCAGUGAAAGAGCUUUACCUGUUGGGAAUAACCUGCAGGUCCUGAACCUCAGCAGGUCUUUUCACAAUCAUUCCUGCAUGGAUGCGGUCCUGAGUGUCCUGCAGAGUGGGAAUCUCCUCAUGCUCAAAGUCUUGGACCUGUCCAACAAUGACCUUGUGAUUCUUCCGGACGACGCAUUCAGCAGCCUCUCCAGCCUGGUCAACAUCAGCCUGCAGAACAGCUUCAUCAUCUCCGUCCUGAACGGGACCCUGAAGGUGCCCCCACUGCGUGACCUUGACCUGAGAGACAACAGCCUGAGGCUUCUGCCCCCCACCACCCUGGCAGAGUUCAGCCUCAAGCCUGAUCUCAGCCUCUGGUUGGCGGGGAACCCCUGGCGCUGCGACUGCUUCAUUGAGGAGAUGUUGCUGUGGUUGAAAAACUCCACUCAGGUAAUGGACGUGCAGAACCUCACCUGCGCCGACCCUGAGGCCCUGCGGCACCAGCCCCUCCUUCAGGUAGAGCUGUCGCAGCUGAAAUGUUUGGGCGAAAUGGAGGGUGUGCUGGAGACCUCUUAUGUUUUCUUGGGGUUGGUGCUAGCACUGAUCGGCGUCAUAUUCCUGCUGGUGCUCUACCUGAACCGAAAGGGUAUCAAGCGUUGGAUUUACAACAUCCGGGAUGCCUGUAGGGACCAUAUGGAGGGGUACCACUACAGGUAUGAGAUAAACUCUGACCCACGUUUGGCCAACCUGAGCAUCAAUUCAGAUGUGUGAUCCAGGAUGGGACAGUGUCUGGGAC